ACUUCAUUCUUCCAACUUCCGGUAAACAGUUUUGUAAAUUUGUGGAAAGUUCAAAAACUUCAAAAAUAAAUAAAGGUUUGUUGUUCAAUGGAUGAUUCUGUUAUUGACUUGACUGAUUCCCCACCACAAUCUUCAGACAGGAAGAGGAAAAGAUCAGAAAUCAACAGUGUAAACAAGAAUACAAGUCCGUGGGUAACAUCAGCAUUUGGUGAUUUCUUUGGUGUUGAAUCUCAAAAGUCAACUAAAAAAACUUCUUCAAAGCCAACUUGGUCACGGAAAAAGUCAUCAAAUGAUUUAGGCAGUAGUCAAACAUCAAACCGAGGAACCUUACCUGUAGACAAAUAUUUCAGUAGUUCUAAUGUUCCAGUCCAAAAAUUUACCACCACUAAGAAGAAUAGACCUGCCUUUGAAACGGAGCUUUGGUCAGACAAAUAUGCACCAAAAUCUCAGUCAGAUCUAGCAGUGCACAAAAAGAAGAUAGGUGAAGUGGAAUGUUGGAUACAGAAACAUUUGUCAGCACAAAGCAAGCUGCCACCAAUAUUGUUGUUAACAGGACCAGCUGGAGUUGGAAAGACAGCUACAAUACAAGCUUUAUCUAAGGAUCUCAGAUAUACCAUCCAAGAAUGGAUUAAUCCGUUGACCAAUACAACAGACAAAAGUUUUACAGACCCAUUUUCAGAUGACAAACCCUUCCACAGAUAUGUGUCUUCUGAAUCACAGAUGUCAUUGUUCCAGCAGUUUCUAUUGAGAGCAAAUAAGUAUAAUUCUCUCGGAAUAUUUGGUGAUGAUGUAUCAUCGAAGAAAGUCAUUCUUGUGGAGGAGUUUCCCAAUGUAUUUUAUAGAGAUGCAUCUACUUUUCAUGAUAUAGUAAGGAAAUAUAGAAAGAUUGGUAAAUGUCCUUUAGUGUUUAUAGUCAGUGAUUCUACUAAAGGAGAUUCUAAUGAAAGACUUUUAUUUCCCAAAGAUUUGCAGCAUGAACUGGAUAUUGAAAACAUCAGUUUUAAUGCAGUAGCACCAACAAGUAUGGUUAAAGUACUAACAAAGAUUGCUACCCAGGAAUCAAAUCAGGGUUGCCAUAAGUUUAGUAUUCCCUCCAAGACUGUAUUAGAAUCUAUAGCAAUGUCCAGUGCUGGUGAUAUAAGAGGAGCUAUCAAUGCCUUACAGUUUGCUUGUGAGAAAGAUACUGGUGACCUUAUGUCUGGCGGGAGAUUGAAAGGAAAAGCAAGUUUGAAGAAACAGUCAAGUAGUCGCUCAAAUAAAACAAAGUCUAAGACAAAGUCUGAAAACUCAGCUAACCCUGAUUCUGAGUUAGCGUCUAUAGGAGGAAGAGAUACCUCAUUAUUCUUGUUCAGAGCCCUGGGCAAAAUUCUUUACUGCAAAAGAGAUGAUCCAUCAAACCAUUCUGAUUUACCACGAUUACCAUCCCAUCUAUCAGAACAUGAAAGAGAUCCUUUAAUAAUUAAUCCUGAGGAUGUAGUUGAGAAGUCCCAUCUGUCUGGAGAAUACUUCACAGCAUAUCUACACCAAAAUUAUUUAGAAUUUUAUACAAACAUUGAUGACUUGGUCAGAUCUACAGAAUACCUCAGUGAUGCAGAUUAUCUUACUAUAGACUGGGCAUCCAGAUCAGUGCUACAAGAGUAUGCAGCAUCAGUAGCUACAAGGGGGAUAAUCCAUUGUAAUUCAUCUCGCAGUAAACAUGAUGCUGUUAGCUCAGGGCUUGGAUGGCGGCCACUUAAUAAACCUCAGUGGUACACAGCAAAUAAAACGGCAAGACAGAAUUCAGAGUCAUGCAGAAGUCUUUUUAAAAGUACUUGUCAUGGUUGUCCUCCUGUAGUGUUACAAACAGAGAUUCUUCCUUUCCUAGCACAAAUAAAUAUACCUUUACAUAAUCCUGGUCAGUUUUCAUGUUUACAAGAAAUAUGCAGAUUCUCAAAAGUCCGACUGUCUCUGAGAUCUGAAAAAUUAGAUGAGAAAGAUGUUGAACUGGACACAGAUGAUGAGGCUGCUUCUUCAGUGGUCCCUUUCUCAGCAAACACAAUAACCAACGAUAAUGAUGAUGUCAUAACCAAUAGCCAAUCAAAAAUCAAUACUUCACAGGAAGAAGAGGAAGAAUAUGACAUAGAGGAAUUUGAUGACUUUUAAAAAUUUGUAGUAAACAAGAAAAAAAAUUGUUUGCUUUAACCAGAAAACAAUUUCAUGUUAAGAAAACAGACCUUGUCAGUUUCUUAUGGAUGUCAGAUGAAACCCAUACCUAUUAUGGGAUAUUCACCUACAAAUUAUCUGAUUUCGUGUAAUCUGAAAAGCUUAUUUUGGAGCAACUAUUUGUUUGAAUUUUUAGAUUACAGACAGAUAGAUCAGAAAGCCUUGAUUUAAAAUGAUUUUACUGAUGAAUUUAAUUAUUUGUUAGCUUUACUCCAUCCAAACUGGUCCAUACCCUAUGUUGAUUGAAUAUUGGAAGACAGUGUAUGCAUUUCAUACAAAACAGGGGCUCAAUUAAAAAAAAAUACUUCAAUAAAAAAAAACUAUCAAAAAUAUAUAUCAAUUUUUAUUGAAAUAUGAUAAUUCGAUGUACAUGUACUAUUGCCAAUUUUACUAGUACUGGAUUCUUCAUGAAUGUUGACCUGUUAUAAGAAUAUUCAUGAAUAAGAUUUUUUUUUCAAAAUAAGAGAGAUAAAUGCAUUUAUUUAUAGAUCAAGUGUAAAAUGCCCAAAAAAUCUGUGACAUCACUUGACCUUGACAGAUUCCACCAUCAUAAAUGUUUGUUAUAUAAACUAUUUUUGUAAUGUUUACCAUUUAACUUAUCUCCCAUUUAUAUUUACAAUAGAAAUUAUCAUAAAUAUAUUUGUUGUUUUAAUCAACUACUUGAUAGUGCUUCUCAAGACUGUGAUAUAUAUAUAUAUGAAUCUCACCUUUUAUUUUACUGUCAAAGAACCAUCUACUAAUUUUAUCUUAUGUUAUAACCACUGUUCUAAUUAAAACCAAUUUUGAACCAAUAUUUUCUAACUUCAAAAAGCUAUGUUUAGGUCAAGCUGACCAACCAACUAUUACUAAAAACAGAACAUUGGAAAAAUAGGAAGCAUAAUGAACAAAAUUGAAAUGAUACAUCUCUGUU